AAGCAGUGGGAUUGAAGGUACUGCACAACAUAAUACAGCACCUGUAGCAAUCUCCCCACUACAUUAAGCGCAUUAGAAAUGUACACAACGUUUCUUGAGCAUCAUCCGAGCCGCGCCAAUCCACCUUGAUUCAGGCCCCAGAGGCAGCCCGCAUUUCAUUCUUCGACAUGGCUCGCACCUUGCCAUGGACAACCGAUCAUGCACCACCGCCCAAGAAGCAACGUACAAUUGGCUCAGUGCGAUCACAUACAGAGCCAUCCUCUCCUCCUGCACUUGGUAGAUUGAGUGAGGCGGUAGAAACUCCGGCACAAGAGAACCUGUCUGAUCGCACUCCAGCAAAGCGAGACCGCGGUGCAACGCCUACUUCAUCGCCUGUCAAAGCACCGCCGUCCAGCGAGUGAGUACAGGGCUACAAGGGUAACUUGCAUUGCUAAGGUGCUGUACAGGUUGAUGCACGACGGCUAUGACGGAGAUGACAUCUACAUCAUGGUCGAAGAUGAGUUCAAUACUGUCGCGCAAAGCUACACCGCACACCUUCAUUUGGCCGAGUACAAGAGACUGGUGAAACAAGCUCGCGAGGCACCUCCUAAGGCUCUGCCAGAACCAACCUCUCCGAUGUCGAAGCAGGCCAAGCAGAGACUGAAGGCGGAUGCUCUGCAACAUAGGCAAAAGGACGUAUUGCAGAGGGUGUUGGGUCGCUCAGCUGUGGAUGAGGAGGAAGACGCAGGAGACGAUCUUUGGUCAGGCACAAGUCUCGCUCCACUGAUGACAGGCAGCAACCCAGGCAAGACAUCUCUCCUUGGGCUGGAGAAGAUAUCGAGCAACACGAAAGCCGGGAUGGGUUUCGUCAGACCUAAUAGCAGUGGCUCUUCCGGCAAGGACUCAGAAAGCGAUGACCUGAGCUGGGAUAGAAAGCAUGUGGGCAAAGCUCCGAUGAUCCGGGACGAUGAUCUAUCGACCCGUGCAACCUCGUCUACGUCGAGGACAACGCUCGGCAAAGCUUCGAGAAUUAGAGUAGCAACGACUACAAGACAAAGACACAAUCAAGACCGGCCCCAGCCUAUUUCGCCGGAACUUAGGAGCGUUGACAAGGAGAGUAAUGAGCAAGGUAUCGGCCAGUCUUUCUUGCGCCGAUCACAAACUACGUCAAGACAACACAAGGAUCGGUUACGUACACGCCAGCUGAAGGAACAGGAGGAGAAAUCAAGGCUAGAAGAGGUGCCAAUGUUCAUCAUUUGAAGUCAAAUCUGCAGCUCAACAAAUACCCAAGACAACCUUCAAUAAUUCAGAGGAGGCAGACAAGAGUUCCUCCAAGGCAAAUGAGACGAUGGUCUUCUGGUAGAGAAUAUCACGUCCAAUACGUCUCGGCUCGGCGGCAUGUUUGUCGUUUUGCACGUGGCGUGUUUCGUUCAGAACGUUCUAGGCAUGGUGAGAGGACUCCUGAGAUGGAUCGUCCAAAUGCGCCGUUGACAUGAUACAUGUUGCGGCCCAACACCAAGUGCCCUUUCGGCCCCCGAUUCUCAAUCCGGCCCGCGCACCAUCACUGCAUUUCCUUCAGGGUCAUUUGGACAUGGACAUCCUCGCGGCGAAAGUCGGUGGGUUGGCCCUACAGCGGUUUCUUCAGUGUUUGUGCCUUUCAGAAGGGUGUGUUAAUUGAUUUACAAUUGUGACAUCGCGGUGCUCUGAGACUGGACGGGGUUGUUUGCGAAAUCGAGCCUUGAUCCGCUCGAUCUUUUCAAGGAUCGCGGUUUUGAGGUUGGCGAGAACAUUCAUCCUCGAAGCCGGUCUAGAUGUCUGUCGGUGGAUUGUUUCGGGCAACCACUACUAAUGAAGUCUGUCUACCUCAUAUAUAAAUGGGGCCCUGCCAUCGAGUCCGUUUGUAGCGGGUAUUUGUUUGGCAGAUGUUGGGAAUGCGUGUCACACGCUUAGUAUUUUCUCCUUGAACGCUCACGGCCAGAGCCUAUGUUCAAUGAUCUGAAACUGUGCGAACGCGACGAGCCUACAGGUAUGAGAUUGAAGUCAUGUAUUGGAUAAAGAGACAUUACUCAAU